AUGGGCAUGGUGGUGGUCGAGAACAUCGACGAGAAGCGACCAUCUAUCGCCGAGUUUUGCGAGGCUCGCGAGUCCAAGAGGAGGCAGCAAGCGUUUACCGCACUGUCCCCAGCACCCAACACCACAUCAAUGCUCACGUGUCGCGACAACCCCACCUCUCGCAUUGUAAGCACCCCUCAUCCAUCAAGCUGCUCACCUGCGGAGACGGGCGGUCAGACGGCGUUGGACCUCCAGGACCCAGCCCGUCAGUCGGAGACCGUGAGCUCUUGCUCUCCUCGCGACUCAAUCACCCCGGUCAAGAACCAGGCGCGACUCACCGCCACCGAGUUCCGUAGCCAGAUGUCGACGGUCAAUCCCAGCCUCCUCCUCACCGAGGGUCGGGACUUUUGGGAAAGGCUCGCAGGUGUGCUCAGCGUGACGACAGGACAAGAAGUGUCGGACAAGGACCUGCUCGACAUCGGCAAACAGCUGCAGAUGGACUCGCGUAGCGCCGCCAGCUCCGAGCCGUCUAACCGCCUGAGCCUGCUCGACACGUACCAACGUGUGCAAACAAGUCGACACGCAAUUCGUGCACGCGAUGACCAAGGAGGAAGGCGGCGCUCGCCGUCCAACGAGUGGGAGAACCACCCUGUGCCGACCAACCGCAACCAGUUGCCCAACAAAGACUGGCUCGCCUACACUUGCACCGGGCAGGUGGAUGUCGUUGUCCUUGACGGCGCCACGGCGUUGUCAUCCAACCUCCACAUCCUGUUGGCUGUGGCACAGGCAACCAAGUUGUGGGUUGUCCUCGCCCACGACGGUUCGUGGGACAUGCUGGCGUCGGACAGAAUGGCGCGAAUGUUGGCACACGCCCAGACCUACUUUGACGAUGGUCUCCAUAGGCCACGCCGAGGUGGCAGGGGAUUGGGGCCGGGAGAAAACAAGUACCGCCUCGACGAACAAGUCUCCGUUCUCGCGCCCCGUGCGAGGCUGCCUGACAUGCGGGGAGAGACGGUUCGAGCUGUGAUGAUCCACGCCCUCAACCGCCACUCGAUCAGUACCGACGACCGCCUCAACAUGGGGCUCGUCUUCAACCGCGGUGGUGGAAGUGUGGGGAGGCGCUGGCGAUCAUGGCGACCAACGCUCGUCAAGGUGCUCGGGACUGCGCACGUGGGCGUGGAGCCUGACGGUGAUGAUUCGAAUGAGGAGGAGUGGGAUUGGUUGAGGGACGAUGCAGAUGACCACAGAGAGGACUGGUCGAAGGUGGCGGUGGACGACGAUGAGGACGUCAGCAACGAUCGACUUGCUGGCCACGAGGGUGCGACUCCUCGUCAAAUCGAUGAUGUCACCAUCCAACAUGGCUUCUGCGAAAAGUGCCGGCGUUUCAUGCCCCUCCGUUUCACAGUCAACGGCGAGCUGUGCGGCGCCUGCGUCGCGCAUCCCGAUCGCUGGGACCGCGGGGGACUGGUGGGUGACGAGGCGCGGACAACGCCCAGCGCCAUGCACAUGAACAACCCCUCACCGGAUCUUUGGGACAUUGCGCGAACGCGCAGUGUUCACUCGCAGUAUGUCCAUCCUUUCACUUUGAAGCGUCGUUAA